AUGCCUGUCAUUUUAAUGCAAAAUAUUGCUACUGAAUUGGGCCUUAUCAAUGGUAUUAAUGGAAUAUUUCGACAAUUAGUAUAUCAUGAAGAUUCGAUAGAAUGCAAACUUCAAGAUCUCCAACCAAAACUUAUACCAAUUCCACUUAUAGAACAAACAUUUCAAGUUGACGUUGCUGAUCUUAUUCCAAAAGAUAAGAAACCAAAAUCAAAUCAAAAGACAAUUCUAUCAAUUAAACGAUCUGCAUUACCACUUGUACCUGCUUAUUGUAUUACAACACAUAAAAGUCAAGGUCAAACAUUGAGCAAAGUGGUUAUUGAUUUAAAAUUACCAAAUGAAACUGAUGAUAUUGCAGCAGUCUACGUACCACUAUCUCGUGUAAAACGUUUGGCCGANUCAGUUACAAGUACAGAUUCUUGA